AAUUCCAUAGUUUCGUUUAUAAACAAACAGAAACUUACCGCCGAGUUUGUUUUUGAACAAUUUUGGUGUAAAAAAGAUUGUUCUAUGGUAAUUUUUUGAAACAUGAAACGGGUCUGGAUAUGACAGUAAGUAUGGAACAAGAUGACGAAUAUAUAAAACAACUCGAAGGAAUAUUCAACGAGUUUAGAGACCAUGAUAAAACAGGAUUGAACGAAAGUCAGUUGCAAGGAUUAUGCAAACGGUUGCAACUUAAUGACCAAUGCAUUGAACGAAUCUUCCAUCUUUCUCUUCCAACCGACCAUAAGCCAAACCCUGACUUAUGCCAUGUCUCCUUCGAAAGAUUUUGUGAAAGUUUCGUUGCUGUGUUAAGCGAAGUGAAUGAUGAUGUCAGCAUAGAUGAUGAUGAUGAUGAUGAUGUCAUAAAGGAACCUCAAGUAGAAGAGAUGAAGCCAAGACUGGUGAGAGGGGGAAGGGCUUAUGGGAGAAAAUCUGUUCCUCACAUUCAUGCAAACCUAGAAGAAGAUGUUAAUUAUUCUGUGGAUGAUGAGGGGCAAGUGAAUGAUAGACCCGCUACUGUUCAAUGGUCAUCUGACAUUAUGAUUUCAUCAGAUGAAACAGAGCACGACAAUAAUCGCUAUUAUGAUGCGGGUUAUACUGAAAAUGGGACUUACUUUGAAGCCAAUGGAUUAAACCAACCUUUGAAAAUUCCUAUUAAAGAAAAAAAUGAAAAGAAAUUUCGUAAAGCUCUGCUGUCAACUGAUAACAAUGAUUCUUUGAAUGACUUUUCCAGUGCAAGUGUUAUACUGAAUGAAGUGAAUAAGGGAACAUUCUUCUCUGCUCUUGAUUACGAUAACUCAGGUUCUGUUGAGUUAAAACAUGUAUGUGAGUUAUGGAAGGAAGCAGGUGUGGAAAACCCUAUGUUAAUACUGGAGGCUCUUGACUUUGAAGAGCCAUAUUUAGAUGGUCACCAGCUUUCAACAGUCCUUGAAAAGGAAGCUCUCUCCCUCAUACCAACAGUAACAGGCAACAUGGAUCUAUGCUCCAACACUGUUAUUGCUCUUAUAGCAAGCUACAGAAGCCAACUAUUCCACCUCAAUAACCAGGUUGAUCAGAAUCGUUCAGAAGUAGACAAGAUGCGGGAGGACCUUGAAAGAUCAGAGAUCCGGAACUCCAAGCUUGUGGAGGAGGUUGAUGAUCGGUAUUUGAGUAUGGAUCAACAGAAUGAGAGGAAGAUGAGCGGGAUAGAGAGGAAGUGGGUGAAGAAGUUGUCAUCCGCACAGAGGGGAUUCGAGAGGGAGAGGGAAGCUAUGAUGGCAACAUCGGAUCGGGAGAGGGAGAUGCUGCAGAAGGAGAUCGACAAUUUGAAAUCAACUGAAACCUCUCUGAGGAGGAAACUUGAACUUCUUCGGACAGAGAAUGACUCACUUUCUGCCGAGUCAUCUCGUGUUUGUCAUCGUUUAAGUGAGUCCGAGAAAGAUGCGGAAAGGUUGAGGAAGGAUUUGGAGUGCUUGCUUACUGCUAAGACUUGCGACACACACAACGUGAACACUUCACAAGAGGAAAAGUUUGCCAUGAUAAUAAAGGAAUAUGAGGCUCAGUGUAGGCUCCUCGCUGAUCGAAAUGAUGAACUUGCGAUUGAGGUUGAAGAUCUUAGAGGAAAGAUCAGGCAAGAGGAGGCGGUUAGAGAGCACAACAUCACUUUGAAAGACGACCUCUCACCAAAGAGGAAGAAGGCUCUUAGAAGAGGAUCAACAUCAGAGUACUUUGAUCGUACCAGCCAGGACUACAGUGAUAUGGAAAGUGACGGCAUCUCAAUGGGUGAAGGAUUGGAAGUCCACCAUCGGUUCUCACAUCCCGAUCAUUCCUCGGAUCACUUUACAAGGAUGAGGAUGGUGGAGCUGGAGAGGCAACUUGAGGAUCUGAAGGAAGAGAGGAGAUUGAGGCAGGAGGAGUUUAUGGAGGAGAAAGCUCUGCUUAAAGCUGAAUUACAAAAAGAUUAUCAACUUAAACUGGAAAGUGUCAAGUCGUCAUUACCUCGGGAUAAUGACGAUAACCGGGCGAUAGAGGAACAGCAAAUCAUGACGAUGCAGUUAUUGAAGGAGAUGACACAGCAAAAAGAUGAGUUGGAAGCAAAAUACAUUGAGUUGAAGGAAACAAGCCAAAGCCAUGUUGAUAUUGGUCAACAAGACAUGGCUGAUUUAUGCAGGGAGUUUGCUAAUGAGAAGUCUGCCCUGUUGGCUAAACAUGAACAACAGAUAAAUGAAAUGGAAGCCGAGAUAACAAUUAUUACGCAACAAUUAUCAGAGGAGCAGCGAGCCAAUCAGAGGAACGCAGGUUUACUUGAAUCUGAAAGGUUACAACAUAGUGAAGCACUUGUUGCUCACCAAGAUAUUAUUGCCAAGUUUGAAAAGUCCUCUUCCUCUGCAAGUGAGGAUCAUAUGAAGAACAAGAUCAGCACAGAGAAGUUGGAAGAAGUAAUGAAGGAACAUCAGGCAGAGAUCACUCGUCUCAAGCAGGAGCACAGGGUGGCGGUGGAAAGAUUGAGGGAUGACUUGCAAUCAAAGCUUGAUAAAUUGUUGUCUGAGAAGCAACAGUUCAUGGAGAAGUCAUCAAUGUGCAGCGAACUAGAACGACUUGAAGAAAGCGUUCAAGUGGAACGUAAGGAGAUGGAAGAUCGUAUGCAGGGCUUACGUGAGGAGUUUGAACGAGAUGCUCUGGAACUUAGGAGGUUGUUGGAUUGUGAUAAAGCUAAAUUGAGGAAGCAAUUAAGUGAAGAGACAGCCAAGUUAAGGUUGCAGCUUGCUGAGGAGACUGAGAGAGAAUUAAAAAGAAAAAGGCAGCUGAUGGAAGAGAGUGACCGACUGGAGAGAGAGAACAUGCAAAAAAAAGAAAAAGAGAGUAUUGCAAUUGAUGAAAUGCAAAGUGAAAUUGAAGAUCUGCAGGCAAGGAACAAGUACUUGGAUGACAUGCUAUCAAAGACUCGUAUCUGCCUCGAAGAGGAGGAGAAGAAAUCUAAGGAACUUAAAGUUAAGAUGAAAGCAGAGUUAAACACAGAAGAAAUGGUUAAGGACCUUAACAUGAAAAUAAGGGAGAAAGAGGGAAUCAUAUUAUCACUGAAAGCACAGCUAUCUGAACAACUUGACUGCAGUCGUGAAAAAGUUCAUGAAAUGUCGCUUCUACAAACUGACACCGAGGUUAUGGAGGCUGAGAACUCACAGCUUAAGAAAGAAAAUAUUGUGUUGGUGGAAAAGGUUCGCAAUCUUGAGAAAGAACGACUUUCAAACCGCAUAGAAAAUGCUGGACUUACAGCCAAGUGUGAACACCUGAGUGCUCCUGUUCCAUCUCCUAGGAAUAAAUAUAAGAGACUUGAAGAGGAGAGAAGUAAGGAAAGAAGGGAGGCAGAAGAGAAGAUAGAAGAAUUGAAAAAGGAGAUUGAGCUCCUCCAGUCUUCCUCCCCUCGUGGAUCGGAUGCCAACCUCCCUUCAAGAUCGAGACUCUUUACUCUGGAUGGAGAGAACGACACGGGAUGUUGUAGUGACACAGGAAGCGCAACAUCCAGUGGAAGUGAGGGAGCGAUGGAUUCUAUGAGAGCGAGGUUGCAUAAGACAAGGUCGCAACUAACUGAUCAGAUGAGGAAGACAAGAGAUGUGUACAACAAGCUGUCUAAGAACGAAUUGUUGGUAAAGGACUUGUAUUGUGAGAACGCCCACCUUAUGCGUGCUUUGCAAGUUACUGAAGCAAGGCAGAAAGAUGCGGAAAAAAAACUUCAAGAAGAAACUGACAAAACUCAAGUCUUAGGAAGGUUGCUGAAACAAAUUUGCCCCGAUGUUGUGUAAGGUAAUAUACUGCGUGCAAGGCUUACUGUUAAUUCAGCCGCUGGUAGCAGCUCUUAUUGCACCAUCUGCCUUGUGUGGAAGAAAAAAUCCUUUCAAAAACACUUCCGCAAAUAGAGUCUCAUAUAAAGUUAAGAAGUUAUAUGUUUAAUCAUUUUCUGGUCAGUUUUAGUACAACUGCAAACAUAACAGCCCACAUAUGUAUGACAUAUUUGUUUUCAUUUGGGCUCUUAUGUUUGUUUUGAAACUAACUAGUUAGGAAUUUCUUUAAAACCACAGGCUCUCAUCUUAUCAUUUAAAAUGGAACAAAGUUCAUUCCUAUCUUGCUGUUCCUUUAUCUUUCUAUUAUUAUUGCUCCUAGUUUAUUUUUUCUGUUUUAAAAUCAAGCUGUCGACGUAUAUACUGUGCUACAUACGGAAUUUCUUAUUCACACCAUAGAAACACUUGUGUUUAAUUAUACAUUUAUUUUCUGUUUAAAACAUUAGGUACGCUAAAUUGAUUGAACGAGUAUUUUUGUGAUCAAAAAUGUGUUUUUGAAUUGUCAAAUAUCUAUCAUAAAGCCAUUUUAAUUGUUGAAACUGUAUAAACACCCAAUGCACAAGUCACUGAACCACGGUGCCAUGCCUGCUGCUUGUUUUCGACUAUUUGUUAUUUUCCGUCCCCUUUGUAAUGCUGUACCUCCAA